AUGUUCAUCCUUCCAUUCCUUUUGGCUGCCGGCAGCCUCCCCCUCAUUUCUGGGGCGCCGAUAGCAUCCUAUCUCUACAGCAAGUCUGCAGACGCAGUGUCCAGUCCUUCCCUCAGUGGACGCAGUUCCGAUCUUUACGAAGCGGUUUUUGGUGGUGAUGGUUCGGUAUCUGAUGGUUGGCCCUCGAUCUCCGAAUGGAUCUCUACCUUUGAAGAGAUGUACGAGGCAAACGAGGCAACCAUGUCCGCGAGCUGUGCUCAAUUUGGCGUGGCGGACAACUCCGACGACGAGAACGCGAACAUUAAAAAGGCCAUUACAGCAGUCGCCGCGGACAGCGGUGUUGACGCCCGAUUCAUCUUGGCCAUUGUCAUGCAGGAGUCCAACGGCUGUGUCCGUGUUCAAACUACCGAUAACGGCGUCGUCAACCCGGGUCUCAUGCAGAGCCACGAUGGCUCGGGCUCCUGCAACAAAGACGGCACCGUCCAGAACCCCUGCCCGUACAGCGAAAUUUACCAGAUGAUCGUCGACGGUGUCGAAGGUACCUCCGAAGGUGAUGGUCUCAAGCAGAUCCUUGCCGACGAGGACGGCGACGAUGCCACUGCCUACUACAAGACUGCUCGUGUUUACAACUCUGGCUCUGUCGCUUCGGAUGGGAACCUCGGCCAGGGCGAUGCCACCCACUGCUAUGCUUCUGAUGUUGCCAACCGUCUCCUGGGCUGGUCUACUGGUACUAGCAGCUGUGAUGCCGAUACCGUUGGUAGCUUGACUGAUUCUACGUGGACAUACAGUGGUAGCAGCUCUGGAAGCACUACUUCUGCCUCGUCCUCUGCCUCCGCCACCACAGUCCCUACCUCAACUUCGACCUCGAGUGCUAUGCCAGAGGCCACCACCUCGGCCUCCACCACGGUUCCUGUUGUCACUGUUACCCCUACAGCUGAGCCAGUCACCACUUCUGUACCAGUAUCCACCCCAGCUGCCACCACCGUAGCCAGUGUCAGUGCCAGUGCCACAACCAGCGCAUCUGCAUCUGCAUCCGCAUCCGCCACAUCAACCGCAUAUCCAAUCUACCCAUACGCAACUUCGUCCUGCACGGAGUACGCCCCUAUUGUAGAAGGCGACUACUGCGAAUUAGUCGAAAGCCAAUACGGCAUCACUGCGUCUGAGCUCCGAAGCUGGAAUUCCGGAUUGGACGAAUCCUGCACAAAUCUCUGGUUGGGAUACAGAUAUUGCGUCAAAGCAUAA